AUGAACAAGGUAAGAGACGUUUGGGAAAGCACACAUGUGGUUGGAUGGGCGGGAUUCAGAUUGAAGUCCAAACUGAAAGCUUUGAAAGAAGCACUAAAAGUGUGGAAUAAGGAAGUUUUUGGGAUUGUUGAGUUUAAAAUCAAAGAAGCAAAGGAGGAAUUGCAGGCUUUAGAAAUAAUUUCAGAGGAGAGAUCAUUGCAUGAGGAAGAGCUAGUAAGAAGAAGAGAGGUUAAAGGGGAGUUGUGGAAGCUAAGGAAAGUGAAGGAAUGGAUCCGGAGUAGAAACUUGAUGGACUCCAUUACAAUAAAGGGCAACACUUUCAAUAACCCUGCAGAGAUGAAGAAAGAAAUUGCAAGUUAUUUUGGUGAAGUUUUUGCAGAACAUUGGAAGGAUAGACCCAAGAUUGGAAGAAUGUAUAGGUCCAUUGAACUAGCUCAAGCUGAGAUGUUGGAGAAGGAGUUUUUUGAAUCAGAAAUAUGGGCAUCAAUCAAGGAGUGUGAUGGGAAUAAAGCACCUGGCCUUGACGGAUUUAAUUUGAUUAGCAUGCAAAAGGGGUGGAAGAUUAUGAAAGUUGAUAUUCUCAAAUUCAUGGCUAAGUUCCAUGAGAAUGGUGACAACUGGUACAUUGACCAUUGGAAUUUGCCUGCUACUGUCUUGAAGCCCCAUGUUCUCGGCACUGGGAGGGCUGUUGAGUGA